AUAUUGGCGCCAUUGUAGAACCGGAAAAAACCUCCACGCAAUAAACUUUGAUCUUGAAUUUGAUUGAGAUUUAAGAUACUUCAUAGUUCUUCCUCGCCUUUAUUCUCAUUCAUGGUGACUGCGAGGCAACAGAAAAACCUUGAAGAAGAAGAUGAAGAAGGGUUGGGAAGGGUUAGGAAGUUAAUAGAUGAAAGAUUCGUUAAGAAAUCACCGCCGAAACCUUAUGAUCGGCCGCCAGAUGGCAUAAGAACGUCUGGAAACAAUUCGUGGAUCUUGAAGCUCGUUGAUCCAGGUCAAAGGCUCAUUUCCUCUGGUUCUCGAAUGCUUUUUUCCUCCGUGAUCCGAAAAUUUCCUCACCAUUUAACGUCUCGUGUUUCGUCUCAAGAAUCAAGCCAGUCAAGAAAGGAUGACAACAAGGUCGAUGUAACAGCCCCUUUUGAGGUCCGAGUAGCAACCAACGUAGGUGAUAAUCGGAGUAGAUCAUCUGAUCAAUUUUUAAUGAUGGAGCUUGAGAAAACUUUGAAGCAAAAGACCUUCACCAGGUCUGAGAUUAAUCAUUUGACAACGUUAUUGCAUUCAAGAAAUGGUGAUUUACCCGUUGUGCAUAAGGAGAAAAGUUUCAAGUUUAUCUCUUCCAUUCCAGAACCUAACAGGAAGGAGUUUGUAAAAAUACCAAAUUCAGAAGUUAGGAUGGGCAGGCCAUCGAUUUCAACCCCCAUUUUGAGUUCAAGUGUACUUGAUGGAGAUAUUUCUUCACCUGCAGAGGUUGCAAGGGCAUACAUGGGGAGUAGAGAGUCAAAAGUUUGUCCUUCAAUGCGAUCUCUGAGAGCUCAAGGACUUGGAAAAAAUUCAACUGAUUCAACUAGUUUAACCAAUAUGUUGCUUGCACCACCAUCUAUUAGUCAGGGUUUGAAACGUAGGAGCUCAUUUCUUGAUAAUCACAUCAGAUCCAUUGUUUCUCUGCGCAAAAUUCGACAAAAACCUAACAUUCAUCUUUCAAAAGGAUUAAGCUUACCUAUUUCUGCUAGGCCUAUUUCUGUCCCUGUAGUUGGACUUAGUUUUGAUGCUUCCCAGAGCUCCAAAUUUGGGAGAACUCAGAAUUUUCCAUCUUGUAUUUGGAACUCACAACUGUCUACUAAACCAAAUAAAACUUUUGCAAGAAAGUUUAUUACGAACGUGGAGAGUGAUAACAUUCCUGGUGCAGGUAGCAGCUCUAUUUAUACUCUUUCAAGGUCUUCUAAGAUGGCUUCUAAAAUAUUGGAGCAGCUUGAAAAGUUGACCUCUCCAAAGGAGAAAGUAUCUACAUUUAAUCUACUUCCUGUUAGGGAAAAAUAUCACCCUAAGCUGUCACCAGCCGAAGUAGUUGGGCAUCUCAAAAGUGUGAAGGAUGUGGACUUGCCCAGAGACGACAAGCAGUCAAAUAGUUUGCUUGGGAUCUCAUAUCAGGGCAACCGAGAAAACACUUUCCAACAUAAAGAGAAGCUGGAAAAACUGAAAUCAUCGGAUCCUCAUCCUAAUCGUGAUUUACUGAAGGACUAUGGAUCAAUGGGUUCUAGUAAGGAUUCCAUGAAUGAUCAAGGAAUGCCUGAAUCUGCUGUGGUGAAAUCUACUAUUCAGCCCCCAAAAGACAAACAGGCAUUUCCAAUGUUGCCUGACAAGGAUAGUGUUUACCAAGAUGAAAGUUCUGCCGCUAGAGUUGCACCUGCCACUGCUGAGGUUAGAGAAGGUGAUGUUUCUUUGGCUGUGAGACAAACAACUGCUAAUGAGUCCCUCUCUCCAGCAAGGAUACAAAAACCAUCUGAAGUAAUAGUGGGUUCUUCUCUCUACGGAAGUUCUGAUUCGGAAACUUUCGGUGACAGCAUUGAUGAUGAUAUCGAUACCGGACUAACUUUUCAAAAUGCAUCUUCACUUUGCACUUCACAGCCAGAAACUAAUGAUUCUUUUGGAAAUAAGAAUCUUCCAGAAAAUAAGCAAAUUGUUUCUCCAGUUUUUAGCUUUGUAAAUAAUGUCUCUCCACGUAAACAGCCAAUCGCUAGUUCUGCUGCAUUGGAUAUUGGUAAUAAGGAUGAUUCUCUUACAGAAUUAUGUGCUGAUUCUGAAAAUGUCAAUGAACCUUCAUACCCAUACACGCAGUGCAAUCCAGCUUCUUCAAACGAUAAGCUAGAUUCCUCUUGGAGGACCUGCAAUGAUGCAUUCUCAUCCUCUGUUUCCCUAUCAGCUGGACUUGCAUUCUCAUUUAGCUCGAAUCCUGGCAAUCAAAGUCCAAAUGAUGGCCUUUCUAUUUCAUGUCCAUCUCUAUACUCUUCCUAUAGUCCAUCAACUGGGUUUAUGAAUCGAAGUUCAUCCAGAAAUAUCUUCCUCUCUGCCCCGUAUGCUAUCAACAACGCUAAUAUAAUCACAACUAUGGCAUCUUUAUUUUCUCCAACGACUUCAGGCGCAGGAAGUUAUGAAGACGAGAUCAAGCAGGAUGCAAGCCUACGCAAUGUAAAUGACACUUAUUUCAGCAGCAUAACUACACCUGCAAAUUCUCACUACAGUAUGUUCAGCUUCGGUUCUGCAGCAACACCUUCGUUUGUGACUAAUCUGUUGAGUAAACCUACUGUUAGCAGUGCAACUGAGCUCAGUGCUCCGGACGUUUCUGUUGAAAAGGAAUUUAUAGCUAAUGCGGAAAAAACAUCCAUGAUUUUAGAAUCAUCCACGUCUCAUGUAUCAUCGGGGAUGGCUGGAAAAGCAUCCGUCUGUUGUGGCCUUUCUUUUGGGUGCUCAUCUCCUGCUUCUGAACAGUUUAAUUCAGGAAAUAGGCCAUCAGAAUUUCCCAUCACUGGGUUCACUAGUGCCCACGCAACUUCAACCAUCAGUACCUCCAAUGUUUCUACAUCUAGUACACUUCUUGAAUUUGAGUCAUUUACCGGGGCAUCUUUCAGUUCUAUACGUUGUACAACCUCAGCAGCAGCAUUAGCAAAUUCCACGCCUGUUUUGAGUAAUUCGUAUCCCAAAGUUGCUUUUAGCGUUUCUUCAGUCAAUAAUGACUGUGAAGAGCAGGGAACCUCCAAGGACAAUGUUCCACUUUUCAGUCAAAAGCCAAAAUUUUCUUUUGGCUCAGGCACAUCCGAAUUAACUCUCUUUCAAGUUGGAAAAUUAGAGAACCAGCAGACUUUGGCCGAACCCCAAAAUUCAUAUCCAUAUAUGGCUGCUUCCAACAGCCUAGAAGCUAAAGCUGGAGGCAGCUUCUCCUUGAAUGCUGGUGGCAGCGACAAGGCUAACCGGAGAUCUGUGAAGUUCAAACGAAGGAAAUAAUGAGAGCAACACCGGUAGAGUUGAUUUUGCAGCCUAAACUAUGCAGAGCCAUGCAUUGAAAACAUUCAUUCAGGUUUGUGACGAUGUAUUUUCACUGUUAUGGGAUCCGCAAAGUUCACAAGACAGAAUUCAGGUAAGGACAAACCUUCAUAAAUCCAACUCUUCUUUUUUUCUCUUACACAUCCAAAUGUUCUUUUCUCUAGAUUCCUUUUCUUUUUCUUUUUUUUUCUUGAAUUGUUUGUUGGGUCUAAUACAAAGAAUAUAGUUUUGCAUAACAUGGAGUAACAUCCACACACACACACACACUCCCCACCUCCCAUACCAACCCACAACAGCCCCAUUAGGCUUAAUAAUAUAUACCCUUUUUUCAACCAAUCAUUGAAAAUAUGCAAAACCAUUCAAGGAAAGAAAAAAAAAAUAGGAAGCCAAAACAUUGACAAGGAGUUUAUGUUCAUUGAACAAACUAUGUUUUCUUUUUUCUUUUUGGGAGGGUGCAAGAAAGUGAGAAUACUCGUCCUUGCGUCAAAUAUAGACCAAACAAAGGGCCACAUCUCUAAUCAAUAAUCUCUUUUUCUUCUCUAAAUUUGUAUGUAUAAUAAAUAAUUGGCUUUUUAUGUUUCUUAUUAGUGUUAAUAUCCCAUUACUAUUUUAGAAUAUAGAGAGAAUGGCUUUACCUAGACGAAAUGCAAGUGCUCUUCUUGGCUGUUCCAUUGAAAA